AUAGCCAGUUGUAGCAGUGGUAAGGUGUUGGGACUGCUAGGACUUUUCUUGUGAAGGCGAACCUCAUUCAACUAUUGUGGCUAUUCCUUGUGGCUAGCUUCACACAGUUGUCCUGCUCAGCUUGGAAGAUGCUGCAGUCAGAUGCACUGCGGUAAAAAAAUAACGCCAGACAGGGAGGGAGAAAGAAGUCUGUAUUAUUCGCAAUGCCAGCCCGUGAGAAAUAUCCAGGGUCCUUUGAUGCGUGGGAUAAUUUUUGCCACUCAAAAGAACAGCGCUUCAUUAAAUAAUUUGUUGAUUUUUCAGAAGGAAAGGAUAGCCUACAUUUUUCCCCGGAGAACGGACAAAUCGGGAUAAGGAGGCUAUUUUUUUCAGAAGGGACAACGUGAGGGCAGUAAAAUGUAAUUUUGGAGGAAGCAACUUCAGUCCCUACCAUUUCUUACUUUGCUCAAACAACGUCUUCCUGGAUAACAUCUCAAAGGAAUACCUUACAAUCAAGUGUUCAAAGAAGAGCCUUUUUUAGGCUUCUCAGCCCUAGGAUCUGUACUUUCAUUGCUACAUUACACUUAAGGACAUGUCUGCUGUGCGACUGCUGCUCCUGUUUCUGCUUUGUUCCCAUUUUGUGUCCCUGUGCCAUGGGGCCUGUUCAGAGGUGGACUCGGACACUGAGGCCGUUGCAGGCAAAGGGUUCAAACUGGGCUGCAUCUCCUGCAAGAUGAGGCCUGAGGUGGAGGCUUCUGCCACGGUCAACUGGUAUUUCAAGGCCAAAGGGGAAGCUGAAUUUGCUCAUAUAUAUAAUUACGAUGAGGAGGGCCCCCACAUUGUGGAUGAGCGCUUUGAGGAGCGCGUCGACUGGAACGGCAGUAAGAGGAGCCAAGACAUACAGGAUGCAUCCAUCUACCUCUUCAAUGUCACCUUCAAUGACUCGGGCACCUACAGUUGCCACUUCCACCGGCUCUUGACGUAUGAGUUCUACGAAUACCAGACUGUUGUCAGCAAGAUUGUGCACCUGAAAGUGGUGGCUAAAGCCACCAGAGGGACAGCCUCCAUAGUCUCUGAGGUGAUGAUGUAUGUGUCCAUCAUCGGGCUACAGGCUUGGCUCUACAUAGAGAUGGUAUACUGCUUCAGAAAGAUCUCAGCUGCAGGAGAGGAAGCAUUAAGAGAAAGCGCGAAUGCAGAAUAUUUAGCUAUAGCCUCAGAGAGUAAAGAUAACUGUGCAGGGGUGCAAGUGGCAGAAUAACCCAGGAAUGCAAAGGGAUUCCGUCUAUGUACUGGCCGCAUCAGCUAUACGACCCCUUGGAUCGCAUGAAGACAUCCUGAAGAUGCACAGUAUCUACACUUUCUGAGUCUAUUACUUUUCCUGUUACGUUAAUGGAUGUGAUAUGAUGACAUCAUUACUUUGAAAGUAGCAUGAUAUCAGCACCUCUGUAUGUAUUACACACAAAAGCAUGUAACUAAUUCAUCUAAUGAAUCCUUAUGUGUAUGAAUCCUUCAUCAAGGUAUUUUUUGGGUUGUAUCGAUCUCUCUCUAAAGUGAAUGUACAUUUAUAUUAAGAGUUAUUGUGAGAGAAUUAAUCUGAUUAAAUGGUUAUCAAGAGAGCUUUAUCACA